AUGGUGACCGUGACGAGCGUUCUGAGACGAUCAAGCACCGUCACCCUCCUCGACAAUUGCAGUUCUAGCGGGGAAUCCUCACGCCGGCCCUCGGCUGCUGACCCCAAUCCUCCUCGACGAUCGAGUCUUGCGGGUUUGUCCCUACGGCUCCCUCGGUCCAAAAGAUCCAAUUCGUCCAAGGAGGCUGACACGAGUUCUGAUAUUGCCGCGAGAAAACUAGGCGAGGCCUUCUUUUCAUUACCGGACGAGAUCAUCGUACAAAUCUUCUGUUACCUCUCUCUCACCGAUAUAUUCGCGCUGCGGUUGACCUCCCGCUCUGUAUACCACUUCCUGCAAGCCCACGCGACCCCAAUCACCCGCGCAGUCCUUAGACAAUACGCCUACGAUAAUACCUCCACUUCAUAUGAGGGCAACGUUCGUCACGAGAAGGCAGAAUACACUUACAGCUACAUCCAGACUCUCUACCCUCAGCCCCUUCCAUGCAACUCGACCAACUACCUCAUGCUGAUGAUCAAACGGCAGAGUCAAAUCGACAAAAUGCUAGACGUCAUCGCCAACUUCGUCCAAAUGAAGGUCUACAUGUUCCCCAGCUGUCCACGGUUUCGGGAUUUCACUCCGUAUAAAUUGAAGUUGAUGAGGCGUCUGCAUCUGGCAGCAUGGACUGUGUAUCAUUUCCUCGACCAUUACCGAGAGAUGCUGGUUCUCGAACAUCCCAACCACUCACAAUCGCCGUCGGACCCACCAUCUCAACGGGAGGAACAUGGUUCAGGCACAUCAUCAUCUUCAUGCCCCAAAUGUGCCGAAUUUAUCAGAUCUCUUCUGCCCCUCUACCCUGGCACCGAAGUCAUUCCAGCAUACCACUUCUAUGACCUCUCCCGACAACAUCUGCGCUCUCUGAGUCGAGCGCCCACCUACGCUGGGUCGAUAGAGCGACGGUUGAGAGGCUGGAGUCGCAAAGUGCCCACAAAAGCGGAUCUAGCGACAUUUAUCGUUUUGGGGGGGAUCCCGGAACUGUGCAAGUUGAGUAUGCUGAAGGGGACGUACAAUCAGCGCAUUGAGGUGAUAGGCGCCUUCGUUGAUAAGGUCUCCAAUGCAGCAACACAGCGCCGACUUACCGGCGAGACCAAUACUUUGCCUGUGCCGCCGACAUCCAAUGUACCUUCUCCGGAAAAUACUUCCAUAUCAGCUUCAUCAUUCCUCUCCUUGACAACCCCACUCCUCCCUCCCUUCUUGUCUAUCUCCGACAACACUUUAUCGUCUAUUCCGGGCCUCGAUCAAUUCAUCGUCGAUUCAGACGAGUGGAUCAUACGGAUGUUUGAGUUAGUGGGUCCGGAGGAUCGGAUCGUUACUGCCUAUGACUUUGUGCAGAACGUUCUGGCCGGAAAGGGUGAACAUCGGAGUGCUGAAGACGGGAAUGAAGCUGGAACAAAGAGGUCGCCGUCCGACGUUGACUUUCUAGCCCCGGUGAAAACAUUCGGUAGUUGA